GUUUCCACGCGAGCGAGAAGUUUCGCGACCCCGCGUCCGCGUGCACCCCACGACUGAAAACCUUCGACACAUCACCGAUAACCAAGAAGCCCAUAAUCAAUGGCGGAGCCUUCGUUCUUAGAUCCCUCCCCCUUCGAGAACUUCCCCCAAUUCGAUGCCUCCGAUCUCUCGUUCGACGAUCCCGACCUCUUCCCCGACGGCGGCUUCUCGAUCUCGACGACAUCGAUCUCGACUUCUCCGUCGACGAUCUCCUUCUUCCCUCGGCCGAUGACAGCAAUAACGGACCCAGCUCCAAUUCCAAUUCAAACAUCACCGCUUCCAACUCCAAUUCCAACUCCGGUUCAAAUCCCGGAUCGCCUGAAUCCGGAAACUCCUCGGGAGCUUCGGGAGCCGCCACCUCUCGUCAGGAUGUUAAGCAGGAGGAGAACAAUUCUCGGUUCAAGAGGAAAAUUGAUGAUAACGGUAUGGUUGAAAACCCUAGCCCUAGCCCUGAUUCUAACCCUAGCAGUAGGAAUCUUAAGAUACAGCGAUCUGACGAGGGCAACUCGCCAUGGGGUGUUGCGGGCGGGGACUGAAGAGGAUGAGAAGCGCAGGGCGAGGAUGAUGAGGAACAGAGAGAGCGCCCAGCUGUCGAGGCAGAGGAAGAAGCAAUAUGUGGAGGAAUUGGAGGAGAAGGUGAAGCUUAUGAACUCGACAAUCGCUGAUUUGAAUGGAAAGAUCUCGUUUUAUAUGACCGAAAACGCGAGAUUGCAUCAGCAAUUGAGUGAAAAUGGAGCAAAUGGCAGCGAUGGCAAGGGAAACCCUCCUCCUCCUCCUCAGUAUUAUUUUCCAUGGAUCCCUUAUGGUGGGUAUCCAAUGAGACAUAACGGUCCUCCUGUUCCUUACGUCCCGAUUCCUAGGUUGAAGCCUCAGCAACCUGUUUCGGCUCCCAAGGUAAAGAAAACUGAGAGGAAGAAGAGCGAGAGCAAGAUGAAGAAGGUUGCAAGUGUGAGCCUUCUGGGGUUGUUCUUUGUGAUGAUGGUCUUUGGAGGUGUUCGCGAUUUUGGAUUAGGAGGAAAUAAGAACAAGGUUUAUGAUGGAUUUGGUGGGUCUCAUGGUAGGGUUUUGACUGUUGAAGAUCGGGGUAACAGUUUGAACAAUACCCAGGAAUAUGGACAGUUUAGUGGGAAAAUGGAUUGUGGUGGUAGAGGGAGGCAGAACUCUUCUGAGAGUUUACCAGCAUUGCUUUAUGUGCCGAGAAACGGGAAGCAUGUGGAGAUUAAUGGGAAUUUGAUAAUACAUUCGGUUCUUGCCAGCGAGAGAGCCAUGGCACAAACAAAGUCUAGAGGGCAAGAAAAGCAAUUAUCUGUAAAGGAAGGUACUGGUUUGAUGAUUCCAGUUCAUGUAGCUUCAGCAUUGGCUAUUCGAGAAGGUGCAAUGGGGGUUGGGACGCAUUCAAGGGCAUAUAGGAACUCGGCUGAAUACCCAAGAGCUCUUGGUUCAGGUUCUCAUGAUGCAUACAGGGACAAUAUAAAAUCAACUUUGGCUGAUGGACCCCUUCAACAAUGGUUCCGUGAAGGAUUGGCAGGUAAUGAUGAUAUUUAUUGCUCUUCUUACCUUUUAUAGUCUCGUUAAUUUUAUUUUGAAAAUGUUAUUCAACAUCAUAACCCUUAGAUCAUGCUGAAGUAACCAUAAGUGAUUUUGGUAUCCUUGUUGGGACUAGGAACUUUGUCUUUUCAUAGCAAAACUGUUGGGCAAUUUUAUCU